AUGUGGGCAGCUGCGGGGGCGAGAGGAGCGUGGACUAAGAAGCCCUCGGGGGACCCCCCUGCCCGCGAUCCUGUGGCAGGCAGGCUGAGCGGCACGGGGGCCCUGCGGUCGCUGGACGUGGCCCCCUCGGCCCAGGUCUGCGGGCGAAGCAAGCAGCUGGCCAGUGACCCGCAGGCGCUUGACCUGGUCCCAGAUGUCUUCUUCCUGCGGAUUAGGUUGGAGGAGACUGGGGAGAUGUUCCGCAUGGCCAACUGCCGCAGCGACAUGACCGUGCGAGAGCUCAAGGAGGACCUGGACCUGAUGGCCGGCAUCCCCUUCAACCUCCAGCGGCUGCAGUACCUGGACCAAGGAGAUUUAAUGGAUGACACUACCCUGAGGUUCCAUGACAUCAUUCCGGGUGGAGUUCUUUCUCUAUGUAUCUGGCAUCAUGACGGCUGGACAGAUCUGGUGGUGGCAGCAGUGGAAGGGGACCCCAAUAAGCUGUCCUGUCUUGGGAUCACUGAAGAUUCUUUCUACCGAACGGCAAAUUCCGAACGUCUUGAGGGUGCAAAGUGGAAGCAGUGGACGUCUCAGAGGGCUUUUGUGGCGCUGUAUGUCACCUCCCACAGAGGGCAUUUUGAGGCUGUGCGGUACCUUCUAGAACAUGGAGCCAGCUGCCUCAGCAGGUCCCCGGUGGGCAGGACAGCCCUGCACGUGGCCGCGGCCAUGGGCCGCCUGGACUGCAUCGCUCUCCUGCUGGAGCACGGGGCGUCCAUCUACGACAAGGACGCCCAUGGGGAGACCCCCAUUGCCACUGCCCGCCGCCUGCACCGUAAGCAGAGCGAGCGGCGCAUGUUCCUCCUGUACAGGUUGGCUAAGUCGGGGGCCAAGGGCCGCAGCAAGCUGAAGGUCUUCAGCUACGCCCGCGUGGAUGCGGCUCCUGCUCGCGUCGGGUCGCGCAGUGUCCCGCGGACGGAGGACAUCGGGCUGGGUCCUGUCCAGGUGGCUGCAGGCCCCGAGCGCUCCUCAGACACUCCUAGCCCCAUCCCUAACCCUAAACCCAAUCCGAACCGGGCCCGAAUCCCAACCCAACCCCAACCCCGAUCCAGAAGAAAAUUGAGACCCGGAGGGGUGAAGCAAGUAGCCCGAAGUCCCACGGCGUCCGAGGAGCAGAUGUUUCCACUCGUGAAGAUUGCCUUCAGCCGAACCCGAACCCGCGAGGCCCACAGAUGGUAUGGUGUCUGUGAGAAAGGAGCAAAGUGGCUGCAAGAAGCAGCGUUUGGGAUCCUCCUGAACAGCCCCCCGUGCGUAGAAACUUGGGGCCACACACACUUCCGGCCUCUGCCACCUGAAGCCAAAGCCUGA